AUGCAAGCUGAACCCCGAGCCGCAACGAAACAAGUCGACUCUGGACAAGGCUCCGCGUCACAGAGUGAUAUCGCGGCCGGCGUCCCGGCGUUUGAAUCGCUUCUUUCCGUUUUCAAAUGGAACGACAGAGAAAAGAAGAAGGUGAAAGUGGUAGAUAACCAUACCGACAAAAAGCCCUCGUCCGCGCCGCUGAGCGGAAGACGGAAUGUAAAGAUUCGCCAUAAUAGUCCUACUAGCACCCGAAUUGGACAACAAGACAAAGCGGCAACAAAAGCCACGAAAACGACAGAUUCCGCGGAAGCUGUGAACGCCCGGCGGCAUUCUACCAACGUUGAAGCAUACGAGAACGGUAGGAGCCAGCUAAACCAGGGCAGUACAGCCGGUAGUAGCAGUAAAGCGGCAGCUAGCCCGCAGACUACUGAGGCCGGGAAGUUGAAGGUAGAUCCUAACAACGCUGGCUCCUCCUCUCGGGCCCAAGAGCAGGCUCAACAGCCGGAUCCGCUCACAGAACGCUUACCGAACCAAGGUGAGACUGAACAAUCCAAGCGAAGGCAGUCGCAACAGCAGAACAACCACAACCCUAAGGAACUCUGGCUUCAGGCGGACGAAUUCGAGAAAAUUUCAGCUCUCAUGGCGCUUCUCCGACUAUACGACACCCCGCGGGAACGCCGCGUGGAUAUCCAAGUUAGCAACAUCGCCUUCCCCAGGCCAAUAGAGCGCAAAUACAAGGACUUUUCUCAUCAACUUUGCGUUGACAUGUCGAAGGAUGAGUCCCUUUUUGUAGAUGCUUUCGGUGCGUCGAUGCCUAUUUUCUGGACCCGUGCUCUGGGAAAACCGUUGGAUGAACUAAAUGGACAGCCGGAACGUUACAUCUGCUUCUCUGGGCUUCGGAAUAAGGAUAACAUGGAUAAACUCCGCGCUAUCCUCAACAUGAAGACUUAUAAGAAAUACUACAAAGGCGUAUUUAAGCUAUGCUACAAGACGGACAAGCUGGUAGGAACGGCCUCCUCGAGGCGCGUUCAUGUACCGGCAAGCUCAACACCACUUCAGACUUUGUGCGGAUCCUUGGUGGAGGACGGCGAUGGCAAGAAGGUUCAGGUCUACACUGUCGGCGGUCUCGUCAUACUUAAUGGUCAAUAUUAUGCUAUAACUGCUAGCCACAAGGCACAAGACGAUGAAGGCAGCGAAGACGACAAGGCUGAGGAGACGGCAAGCCUCGAGGGCAUCCUGAGGAGAAUAUUGGAAAACGAUGAAAUGGAUGAUGACGUUGAGCCGGGACUCGAACUUCCGGCUUCGCCAGAGGAAGUUGCGGUUGGGCCAGUUGAGGAGUUGUUACACGCCGAGCGUAACUCCUCCACACGAUACAUCGAGCGAAACGACAUGUUUGUUGACCGGGAGUCGGAUGUAACCGGAACUCACUGGUCACUCAUGAGAUUAAAGAGCUUAGAUGAUGCUCUUCCCAACUUCGUGCCUUUCACCGACAGUUUAUGGCAGACAGGAGCGGAUAUCAGCGAAAUUCCCCGUGUGAAAUACAUACACACGAUUGCAACAGAUCCCAGUCCUCAGGAGGUUAUCGUUAUUUCCGGGUCUGGUGGCCUUAUACGAGCCACGAUGUCAACCAACACGGGCAAUUUGUUCCUUUCUGGGCAGGCUGUUGAAGUUUGGUGUCUGACAUUUUCUCGGGUGGAUGGCCCCGGUCUUAGGCAAGGAGAUUCUGGGUCGUGGGUUGUGGAUCCGAAUGAGGGCUCAGUUUUCGGGCACAUCGUUGCAGUGGCCGAUGAGACGGCAUUCGUUCUCCCUUUCACAACCGUCUUAGACGAGGCUCGGCGACGAUUAAAAGUCGGAAGCAUUACUCUACCGAGCAUCUUUCGAUCCGUGGCCGACUUAUCAUGUCGGCUAGCAUCUAAACGAAUGGGAUCGCCUUGGAUCGGAGAGUCGCAAGAGGAGGAAAAGGCUAGGGCAUUGGCUACCGAGGCCGUUUCUCGACAGGUGCUUGAGCAGACCCGUGGGCAUCCUGGUGUCAAUAUCCUCCGCGAACACGUCGCAUCUAUACGAAGGAUCGACGGGGGAAUGGACAUCCUCAUAUCAAUGAUCAUGGAAUACGGGUCGGAUCUAUUUUCCCAGUCAGUGUCAGGGCUUCGGGAGAGAGCGCGAUCAGGCGUCUUUGGGCCGCCCUCCGAGAGCCUCUCAGUCCUAAGACAUUUAUACGGUUCCGCUCGCACGCGAACCGCAUCUCCGGCCCCGCCUAAAUAUAGUACGGCUACGUCUUCUCCGAAAUCUCUUGAAGAGCAGGAACUGAGGAGAGUCUUGACGAUUCGGCAACUUAUCGACUUGAUUCCCGGAAAUUCGUCCAUUGAGUUGGAAGAAGCGAUGGAAUCGUGGAGGAAGGGCAUGAAGGAAUCGCCGUUCCGACGCCGCCAUGCGUCUGACUUACCUUCGGGACCUACUGCCAAGCCUGUUUCAUUCCAUCGGCCGAAACUACCGCAUGAGUUAGGCUCCGAAUUGGGCGGAGAUGCCGACGCCGAUCCCGACGACGAUAUUAGAGCCGCCAAUGUUGAUGCACCUAGCUACAACCCCGAAGAAGAUAUCCAAGCUGUCAUAUUUGAUAGCAGACAGGUCCCCGAAAUUGAUCGAGUACCCGUUGAGAGACUCCUCGAUGGUGGCUACCUCGAACGAGAUAACCCUAGAGGAGCCGCGGGCUUCCGUCUUAUAUGCCUACCCGCAAACAACAUGGACUGGAUUGAACGACUCUUCCCACAUUUGACAGACGAAAUAUCCCCUACUAUUCUUAGCGAAUGGCUUUGGAGGGGCCGAAUUGAGGGCGAGGCACUAUCACGCAGCAUCAAACCAUUUUGCGCAGUCUCGAGCGCAGAACUUCCGGACGGCGAUGAGGACGGCCCGCUUCCUGACCUCGCUCUUGCUUUUCCGUACAUGUCCUGGGAGCCCUUUGAGGAGGCCAAACGAGAAAUGAGGCUGAAAGUCGAGGUAGACAUGAAACACCAGCGACUGUGUGCUGCUCGGCGGGAGGAGGAGCGACAACGUUUGAGGCAAGAACGUUUCGGGAGUCGUGGAGACCGUGUGGGUCAUGGAGAUCGUAUGGGGCCUCAUGAAGAGCCUUCUCGCGAGCGAAUAUGGUCGGUGGAAGGCCUCAAAAAAGAGCACCCGUCAGCGACAUGGUCCGGGGCGCUGAGAAGGGUUUUCCUGAGUGCUGCCCGUCUUGCCCUUGACAUAUCGUCUUUUCCACAGAAAGUACUGAUAGAGAAGUAUCUACAUUACGAAGAAUCCCUCCAUCCUAGACGCUCGCUAGAGGAAGCCUACCACGGCACUCCCUUUCACUCUUCUAGUCCCCGAAUGCCACAUGGUGUUCAAAUCCGUUCAGCAGCUGCAGCUAACGCCCUACCACCCGAAUGUCGGGCCUGUGAGCCAUACGCCAGAGGUGCUAUCCUCGUCAACCAACUUUGGCUGUGGAUACUGGGCGGUCACACCGUGGUUGCUUGCUUCCCCCAGUCGCCCGGCUUUCUCGGUUCAGAAGAACAGCCUUCUAUCUUCAGAGAAGUAGAAAGGAGGCUGUUGAGGGAAAAUGUCGCCUCUGCUAUCGAUGCAGCCCUGGUCGUUGUCGAGGAAUGCGGCAACUUCAACCCAAAGGGUCACAAACUAACAGUGAAUGCUAAGCAAGCCUUUCAGAAUGAAGUCCAUCGUUUGGAAGAGCAAUGGGCCCGACUGGAACAAGCUGCGCCUUUGCCACCUGCCCAUUUCCGGUCAUAUGUGCCGAGGGAUUGGCCCCAGGUUUUUGCACAUCUAGAAACGCAGGUGGCUUCUUUGCAGUCCGAAAUUGCUCGAGCCUUGUCGGUCUGGCGACAGCACAAGGUUGUCAUGGGAGACUUCAUAGACGAGCUGAGCCGUUACCCGGAGCGACAUGGAGCUUCUUCGCCUCACGACAUCUCGGGACAAUCCGAACAGAGCGGGUCUGAAUGGAGCCUCGAUUCCUUGCAGGGGCAAAGCCCGCAAGCAUUUGCCUAUGGAUCAAGGUUUGAGCUCUCUCGCCGAGACGAUGCCGAGGGUGAGCGUAUUUUCGAGGCUCUUUCGCAGGACUGCCUGGCUUUACUGAGAAAGAUUCAACGUCGGCGAGAUCUCGAACUUUCCGAAGCGAGGAUGCGGGUGUCGAACCGCCUGGCUGCGAGACAAAUCCAGCUGCAAUCCACUCUUGCCUUCUUGUCUGCGCUAUUGCUACCCUUUCUGAUUAUAGACGGCGGCUAUAUCACCUAUGCUGUUGCUGGUGGAGUAGCCUUGAUCGCUACUGCCUGCCUCCUAUACGGCCUCCCUUCCGUUUAUGCUAGCCCAUCCCGUCGUGUGAGCGGAUUCCUGGAGGACCACAUGGAAUCUCUUUGGAGAGGAGAGCAGAUAGUCACAGAUCGAGUGGUGGAACGGGCGACCAGGCAACCAUCUCGGGCCCCAAAGUCUUCAUCUAAGCUCCCCCAUCACCCAGAAAUCGACAAAAGGACAAAGUCAAGCCUAGAUCUAGAUGAAAUACGAAUCUACAGCACUGCGGGGCCACUACCAGAGGAGUAUCAUGGAAGUUGGCUGAGAAGGCGUGAGCGUCGUGUGCGUGAUGUGGAAAAGGGGGGAAAGGUGUAA